GUGUGCUCUCCCGAACUCGCCAGCCGCUCGCCGCUUGCCUUGCAGGCCGUGCCACCUGCAUCAUGUGCGGUAUAUUUGCUUACUUAAACUACCAUGUUCCUCGCACGAGACGAGAAAUUUUGGAGACCCUAAUCAAAGGCCUUCAGAGACUGGAGUACAGAGGAUAUGAUUCUGCUGGUGUGGGGAUUGAUGGAGGCAAUGACAAAGACUGGGAAGCCAAUGCCUGCAAAAUCCAGCUCAUUAAGAAGAAAGGCAAAGUUAAGGCGCUGGAUGAAGAAGUUCACAAACAACAAGAUAUGGAUUUGGAUAUAGAAUUUGAUGUACACCUUGGAAUAGCUCAUACCCGUUGGGCAACGCAUGGCGAACCCAAUCCUGUCAAUAGCCAUCCCCAGCGCUCUGAUAAAAAUAAUGAAUUUAUUGUUAUUCACAAUGGAAUCAUCACCAACUACAAAGACUUGAAAAAGUUUUUGGUAAGUAAAGGCUAUGACUUUGAAUCUGAAACAGACACAGAGACAAUUGCCAAGCUUGUUAAGUACAUGUAUGACAAUCGGGAAAGUCAAGAUACAAGUUUUACUACCUUGGUGGAGAGAGUCAUCCAACAAUUGGAAGGUGCUUUUGCACUUGUAUUUAAAAGUGUUCAUUUUCCUGGCCAAGCAGUAGGCACAAGACGAGGUAGCCCUUUGUUGAUUGGUGUACGAAGUGAACAUAAACUAUCUACUGAUCACAUUCCAAUCCUCUACAGAACAGGCAAAGAUAAGAAAGGAAGCUGUAAUCUCUCUCGUGUGGACAGCACAACUUGCCUUUUCCCCGUUGAAGAAAAAGCAGUGGAGUAUUACUUUGCUUCUGAUGCAAGUGCUGUCAUAGAACACACCAAUCGUGUCAUCUUUCUCGAGGAUGAUGAUGUCGCUGCAGUGGUGGAUGGCCGUCUUUCUAUCCAUCGAAUUAAACGGACUGCGGGAGAUCACCCUGGACGAGCUGUACAGACCCUCCAGAUGGAACUCCAGCAGAUCAUGAAGGGCAACUUCAGUUCAUUUAUGCAGAAGGAAAUUUUUGAGCAGCCAGAGUCAGUUGUGAACACAAUGAGAGGAAGAGUCAACUUUGAUGACUAUACUGUGAAUUUGGGCGGUCUGAAGGAUCACAUUAAGGAGAUCCAGAGGUGCCGGCGUUUGAUUCUUAUCGCUUGUGGAACAAGUUAUCAUGCUGGUGUAGCAACACGUCAAGUUCUUGAAGAGCUGACUGAGUUGCCUGUUAUGGUGGAGCUAGCCAGUGAUUUCCUGGAUAGAAACACCCCAGUUUUUCGAGAUGAUGUUUGCUUUUUCAUUAGUCAGUCAGGCGAGACAGCAGAUACCCUGAUGGGUCUUCGGUACUGCAAGGAGAGAGGAGCUUUAACUGUCGGGAUCACAAACACGGUUGGCAGUUCCAUAUCAAGAGAGACAGACUGUGGAGUUCACAUCAAUGCUGGGCCUGAGAUCGGGGUGGCCAGCACAAAGGCAUACACAAGCCAGUUUGUAUCCCUUGUGAUGUUUGCUCUUAUGAUGUGUGAUGACAGGAUCUCCAUGCAAGAGAGGCGCAAAGAGAUCAUGCUUGGAUUGAAGCGGCUGCCUGAUUUAAUUAAGGAAGUUUUGAGCAUGGAUGAUGAAAUUCAGAAACUGGCAACAGAACUUUAUCACCAGAAGUCAGUCUUGAUAAUGGGACGUGGCUAUCAUUAUGCUACUUGUCUUGAAGGUGCCCUAAAAAUCAAAGAAAUCACUUACAUGCACUCUGAAGGUAUCCUUGCUGGUGAGUUGAAACACGGCCCUCUAGCUUUGGUGGAUAAGUUAAUGCCUGUCAUCAUGAUCAUCAUGAGAGAUCACACCUAUGCCAAGUGUCAGAAUGCUCUUCAGCAGGUGGUUGCUAGGCAGGGACGGCCAGUGGUGAUCUGUGAUAAGGAAGACACUGAGACCAUUAAGAACACAAAAAGAACAAUCAAGGUGCCACACUCAGUGGACUGCCUGCAGGGCAUUCUCAGCGUGAUCCCCUUACAGUUGCUGGCCUUCCACCUGGCUGUGCUGAGAGGCUAUGAUGUUGAUUUCCCGCGGAAUCUAGCCAAAUCUGUAACCGUAGAAUAAGGAACAUCUGAAACUGGGCAAUUAAGCAACACAAGACACCUUUUGCAUUUAAAACCUUGAUAUAAAAUAUCACCCCCUAAGCCUUUUCUAGUAAAUCCUUAUUUAUAUAUC